CUUUCCUUUUACUCCAUUAUAUCGCUCUUUUAUUCAGUAAAAUAUGCUGUGGUCAUCACCUAAGAAUAGUGGGGAACCGUGUAAAUAUAACCAAGUACAAUAACUGCAAUAAAAACAAGGCUAUAACAUGUUUCUAAUAAUAAUAGCAGGAGGGUUGCAACAACAGUAAUAAUAGUUGUUCUAUAUUUAUACAUAAUACUGCGUUGAAAAUAUAACGACUUGAAAGUGGGCGAUAAUAACUGGGACAGGGCUAGUUCGGAAGCUUGACACGCGCUUCUUUUCGGAAUCAGCGCGUCGUGAGCUAGCAUUUGAAUGUUACUGAGGGGUCUUUAAGUGGAAGCGGACACUUUGUACAUCUGCUGUGACUGACACUGCUGAUUUGGACUGUGCCCAAAAAAUUAAUAUUACGAGUCCAAAAGGGUUGAAUGCCAAGUGCGGAGCUGAAAACAGACGCACUCUCUUCGGACUUUGGAGUUGCUGAGACACAGAGAGAGAGGGAGAGAGAGAGAGACUGAGGGAGGGAGAGAGAAAGAGAGGGGCGUCACACCACAAAGUAAAUCUCCGGGCCAAAAGCAGCGAAGGGGCAGAGCAGAGCGUCCAUUCUCAAUCUCAAAGCGCAAGCCUGGGAAACUUUUACUUUGGCAGAUUUGGGAACUGUGAAAGACAAGAUUCAAGUGCGGCUAGAGAGCAGGCGAGGGGCUGGAGGUGGAGCAGCGCAGGCACACCAAGCAGUCAUUCGACAAGGGCAGACUGUGACGGCUGUCCCGGCUGCGCUCGUGCGCUUCUAUUUGAAGGGCCUCAUCUGCUGAGGCGCACCCCGUUGUAGAAUCGUCGAAACGUCAGUCUUGCUACUUUUUCCACUCAGCUUGCGAGCAAGAAUAACAUGGGCAAGCAGAGAAGAAGGCGACAGUAGCGUGCGUGCAGCGCUGCAUCUCGAGCGCUUUUCGGACCUGUACCGGGAGCGUGCGUGCUCCAGCCUGCCCCGAAGUGUCAGGCGCACCUUCCGGCACCUCGCCCUCACUCCGUUCCGCAUGACGAGCGCCAUAACUGUCCUCUCGUUCAGUAACUGAUAGCUUGCCCGGGACUCUGUGUUUUUUUUAGUGGACGAUGGAGAUUCAGGUUGGGCUAGGAGGAGCUUGCGACUCCCCCGGUGGCGUCUUUCGUGGCGCUUUCCAAAACGUAUUUCACAGCGUGAGAGCCGCGUUUCACAGCAGUGGCGGUGCUUGCGACAGCUACGACAUCCCGGGCUCCAAGUACACUUUCCUGUCGAACCAGUACCCCUGGGAGAUGCGUCCUUCCGGCCGACCGGCGCCCAACAGAGGAUCUUACCCGGAGAGUACCUUCGUUCGCCAGUCUCACUUUGCAGAGAGGAUCGCGGCGGACCGGCACGGCGACUUUCCACCGGCUUUUGGGCCGGCGGACCCGGCUGAUGGUACCGUGCGUGGUACACUUUUCACUGACUGCAGGCUGGAGUCCCAGUCCACUUCGUCCCGGGCGCCACAAAUCAAAAUGAAAAAUGAUAGGGAGGGCGCCGAUUCGAGCAGCACGUCGAUCUCUGAGACUGGUCGGGAGCUCUGCAAAGCUGUGUCAGUGUCCCUGGGCUUGCAUCCUGACUCGGGCGACAUGAGUGAACUGGCUGGAGGUGACCGCGCUCCAGGAGACUGCAUGUAUCCAACUGCCUUCUAUGCCUAUACAGAUUGCAGGUGCCCCGGCGCACACGAGCAAAGCGACGUCGCGACCAAAGGGAUCCAACGCGAUGACAAGAUGAAGGAGGAGACUGUCCGUCUACCCCGCGUCACUUCUGCACAUUGUCCUGGCGGAGAGCAGGACCUGGAUCCCGACUUUAAAGUACCUGCGUACGAGGAGUCCAAUGAAUACAUCGUUGAAAUGGACAGAGGUCAUUCAAAGCCGUGCCGAUUUGAGCAGACGGGAGGGUAUGGGCAAAACUACCCUUUACACAGGGAGCAGGGAAGUACGAUGCCUUGCGGACUAUACAAACCUGGUCAUCUCUCCGAAGAAACUGAUAGGCACCAAGAUUCCAGAGAGGAGCGCUACCCGUCCCACUUGAGCAUUCGAAUAAAGACGGAACAAUUUAACCACACACCCGGAGAUGCUUGGGGCUCUUCAUGCCGCCGCAGCGACAUGGCAGAGGGGUUGUAUGAACCACACCGACACCCCCCAGAGCUAGGGCAGAUGAGCCCUUAUUUCAGUACUACACUGGGGUCACAGGAUGAGCCCUGGUUCUUGAGCGGCAUGUUGACCAAGGUGCCCUACCCAGGUGCCUCCUUCGUGAAGAAUGACGACGGCGAGUGGAUAGAGAUGCCAUACGGAGACAUAAGAUUUGAAGGAGGCAGAGACAAUCUUUUCCCAAUGGACUACUUCUUCACUCCACAGAGAUCGUGCCUGAUCUGUGGGGAUGAGGCCUCGGGGUGUCACUAUGGAGCUCUUACAUGCGGCAGCUGCAAGGUGUUCUUCAAAAGGGCCGCUGAAGGUAAACAGAAGUACCUGUGUGCCAGCAGGAAUGACUGCACGAUUGACAAGCUGAGGAGGAAGAACUGUCCGUCAUGCCGCCUUCGGAAGUGUUUUGAUGCUGGCAUGACCUUAGGAGCACGCAAGUUGAAAAAGAUUGGACAGCUGAAAACUCCCGAAGAAAUUGUCAGCCAGAAUCAGAAUGAAUCGAUGCUGCCCAUGAACCCACAAGCCAGCAUAGCAAGACUGGAGAAAUUCCAAAACCAGCCUGUAUUCCUGAACAUCCUGGAGGUGAUCGAACCAGAGGUGGUCAAUGCUGGCCAUGACAACAGUGAGCCCGAUUCAGCCACAAGUCUACUGACCAGCUUAAAUGAACUGGGUGAGCGACAGCUGGUUAAGGUGGUCAAGUGGGCCAAAGCCCUGCCAGGAUUUCGGAAUUUGCAUGUCGAUGAUCAAAUGACAAUUAUUCAAUAUUCAUGGAUGGGCAUCAUGGUGUUUGCCAUGGGAUGGCGGUCAUACAGGAAUGUCAAUGCCAAAAUGUUGUAUUUUGCUCCAGACCUUGUCUUCAACGAGCCGAGGAUGCACACCUCUAACAUGUAUGACCACUGCAUCCGGAUGCAGCGUUUUGCUCAGGAGUUCAUUUCUCUUCAGGUGACACAGGAGGAGUUUCUGUGCAUGAAAGCCCUUCUUUUGUUCAGCAUCAUUCCAGUAGAAGGCCUGAAGAGUCAAACCUACUUUGAUGAGCUGCGAGUGAACUACAUCCAGGAACUGGACCGCCUCAUCUCCUAUGGGCGGAGGAGCCCUGUGUAUUGUUCUCAGAGGUUCUAUCAGCUCACCCAUCUCCUGGAUUCACUUCAGCCGAUUGUGAGGCGACUCCAUCAGUUUACAUUCAACCUGUUGACCCAAGCCAAGAUGCAGUCCACAAAUGUCAACUUUCCUGAAAUGAUGUCAGAAAUAAUCUCCGUGCAGGUGCCAAAGAUCCUUGCCGGCAUGGCCAAGCCGCUCCUGUUCCACAAACACUGACAUUGUCCUAGAGAUCUGUCACCUAGUGAUGUUGUCCAGCUUCUUGCGGUCUUCACUGUGCCUCUCUACAAGGAUGUGUCUCUCCUGCCCAGCUGCCUCACUUCUCAUUGCCUUUUUUGUCUGUACAUUUCUCAGAUGAAAGUCAUCUCCUGCUUUUCUCUGGCUGCCGCCACCCACAAUCCCUGCUACUUCUGCAGCAAUGCCCAAUUCUUUCUUCAGAGUUGGCUGUUUACACCUUACAGAGAGCACCUUUGUGCUUCAUUCUGUUGUGCGGCCAUAGCACCCUCUCCAGCAGCAGACCGGCCUGCUCCUCCAUUUCUCUCUCUUUUGUUGAUCCCGACGUUAAGGAUAUGAUUUUGACUCGUUCACAUUCCCUGUUGCAUCCCUGGGAUGUGUAUUCAUACUGAACACUUUAACAACAGCAGCCAUUAUUUAUGUAGCACGCUUGUACUUAAAGGUAUUUGGCCAGCCCCUAGCACCUGGUGGGGGCCUGCCAAACUCUAAAAGAGUCUACAUGAUGCCAAGCCACUCCACACCUAGAAAAGUGAGCAGCGUGGCGUCGUUGGAGACAGUAGCACCCAAGACCCAAGAGGUGUACACACACUCAAUACUGACAGGCCAGGAGCUGCCAUUGUGGGCAGAAGCAUAUAAAGUGGAGUGGCAGACAUAAAGGCAGGCACCACUUAUACUCAUUAUUGCACCCAGUGAAAAGAUGCUGCAAGAACUGAAGGGGGCAUUAUGGUGCUCUGAGGGCCAAUGUUGACUGCACCGUAUUCACAGUCCCCCUACUCUUGGGCAUUUCUUAGUGGAGGUACUUUAGACUUUGGAAGUGUAUAAAGUUAUAUCCUUAUUCCCACCAGCCCAGUUUAAAAUAGUGCCAAUGGCUAUACUGACUGACUGAAGUGUGGGAGAUCAGAGGACGGCGGGAAGGAGAGGGAAGGUGGGUUCAUUUGACUCCAGCAGAGGGCGUCAUGCCGCACGCUGCAUAAACUGAAAGAUGAGACUGGGGUGAGGGGACUAAGACAUCAGCAGCGGCGGACACAACAGCUUUUGUCAUUGUGUUUAAAAGGAGCCUCACCAUGGUUACAGGUGUCCGUCUCUGAUGUCGUUCUGUUGUGCCGACACUCUGGAGCUGCCAGGAAGUGCGAUUUUCUGGAGAAUAUCUAUGCAUGCCCUGUACAUACGAUACCCUCUUUAUUAUUAAUAAUGAGCAAUCAGAACUGGACUGAAAGCCUCUACUUAAGGACGGAUAUGCAGUCUUUGAGUUUGACAAGAUGUGCACUAAUAGAUGGAGUUUAAGAACCGCAUUUGGGAGUUGGGAAACAUCCCAGGCCUUACCACACUCUGUUCCAAGCGGACACAUUUUUAUCAGCAUGUGGAAUGUGUCCUGCAUAGUUUGGGCUCUUAGAUUCAAAGCCAUGGAGGGAUCCAGUCCGUCAGCUUUCGUUUUGUUUUCUUGAGUCAGCCAAAGAUAACAGGCUCAUCCUCUCUCGUGCCUCACACGGGCGCAGGCGGCUGCUUCGCUUUCCCUCUUUCAGUUUUUUUUCCCCUCAAAAGUUUGUUCCUCUUUGCUGACUCACUCUGCACUUCCUGACUACAGCUCUUCAGACUUUCGCUUCUUGGUGCAUAAAUGAUGCAUUUUUUUAAUUUAAAUAUUUUUUAUAUUGCAAAUAAAACAUUCAACUUGUUGUUUCAUGUUAAAGCAUUGUGUAUUUGGAAAAGUUUGGUUAAAACAAGGACAAGAAAAAAACUAAACAAAAAAAAAAGGCUGUGUAUCAGAACCUGCGCUUGGCUUCUGUUCUUCAGCUUUCUUAUUGAGCUCAACAUUCAGAAACAUGACAGUGGACCCUCACAGCGCUGCAGACCUAUCUGGGCAUUCGGGUCAAGCCCAUCGCACUCCUUUGGGCACAGUGGCACUCGGCUUUUGACACCCUGACCCCUCAAUGUGUCUACACCAUUUAGAGAACACACAAGAAAAGACAGAUGAAUAGAGGCACUUUAUAAUGAUGGUGUGAAAGGGGCUAUAAAAUAAUUAAUAGAAUGAAACGGAGUGAAAGGCACCACA